AUGGCGGCCAUAACCCGCCUCGCCAAGCGCGCGUCCUUCGUCUCUUCGCUCGCCACCCGAACCCUCACCUCUUCCCAAGUCAACGCGCCGCCGCAUGCCGCUGCGACCUUCCGCCGGUUUCCGCCGCGCGACAACCCGAGCAAGAGGUGUGUGCAGUGGGUUUUCCUCGGGUGCCCCGGCGUCGGCAAAGGCACCUACGCCAGCCGCCUCUCCAACCUCCUCGCCGUCCCGCACAUCGCCACCGGCGAUCUCGUCCGCGACGAACUCGCCUCCUCUGGCCCCUUCUCUUCCAAGCUAUCAGAUAUUGUAAAUCAAGGUCAAUUGGUGUCAGAUGAAAUUAUAAUAAGUUUAUUGUCAAAAAGACUUGGUGCUGGAGAAGCUAAAGGCGAAUUGGGAUUUAUCCUUGAUGGUUUUCCUCGAACAAUAAAGCAAGCAGAAAUAUUGGAAGGGGUAACUGACAUUGACUUGGUAAUCAAUCUGAAGCUACGAGAAGAUGUUCUGCUUGAGAAAUGCCUUGGUAGGAGAAUUUGCAAUCAGUGUGGGGGAAAUUUCAAUGUUGCUUCCAUUGACAUCAAGGCUGAGAAUGGGAGCCCUGGAAUUAUUAUGGCUCCACUUCUUCCUCCUGUGAAUUGUAUGUCAAAGCUCAUUACUCGAUCAGAUGAUACUGAAGCUGUAGUCAAAGAAAGGCUUCGAAUAUACCAUGAAAUGACUCAGCCUGUGGAGGAAUUUUACCGUAGCAGAGGAAAACUAUUGGAGUUUAACCUGCCUGGGGGAAUCCCAGAAUCUUGGCCUAAGUUGCUACAAGUUCUUAAUCUUGACGAUUGUGAGGACAAACGAUCUGCUGCAGCAUAA